AUGGCUGUUCACAAGAUUGAUCCUGUGAAAACCGACUACAUCUGUGGUCACUGUGAACUAGAGGAUAAGUCACUUCGCAUCAUUUGGGAACAUGUCGUGGAGCGUCACAAAACAAUCGAUGAAACGGAAGAAAGAAGAAUUUGUCUCUACGACAUGAAUGUGUUCCAAAAUGAUCGCGCAUAUGCUGCGCAUAUGCUAAACGAACACGGUCUGCCAGCAUGGGAUGUGAGCCGAGAAAUCCUCACUUCUAUACAGCCUGAGACAGCUUUUGAUGGAGCAGUCAGGACAUACGAUAUAGUGCCGAUGGAAACGGAAGUGGACCUACUAGCGCUAUUCGUGACCAAGAGAGACGAAAUCGAAGAGCUGAUACUUCAAAAUACCAUGUAUGAGCCUCAGAAAGCUCAAUUGUCAGCAGAAGUAACUCUUCAAAAAGAGAAGGCAGAUGGCACAGAAGAAGUAAUAACCAUCUUCGCCAAUUGCAAAAUGCUUGCUGUAGACGUUCAAGGAUGGACCCAGGACCAAUUCUAUGAUUGCGUAGACCAAAUAUUGUCUACUGUCCAUCAAUAUGCGUCUCAUGGUAGUGGCUGGAGAAUCCGCAGGAUUGAUAAGAUUGUCCUAAAAAUGGUGAAGUCUGCACCGAUCAGGGGUUCAUCGUACUUGCCACUACCAGCCGAUCUACUGAAACUCAAACGCUUCUUGUUGAAUAUUCGCAAUUAUGAAGACGAUCGAUGCUUUGAGUACUGCUUCGUUGCUGAGUAUCAUCGGCAGAACAAUAUCCCGCUCACUCUUCGUACGAUGCAGAGUAAAGAGGAGGAGAAAGCGAGCUUCUAUGAUUAUCGCAGAAACUCAAGAGCGCACGAGCCAACUGGUGAUUUUGUGUACCCAAUGGGACUACCGGCUAUUGCACGCUUCGAAAUUUUGAAUGAAGUGCAAGUGAAUGUCUUCAGGUACAAUGAAAAGACUCUUCUACCCCUGAGAGUGUCAAAAUAUCAGACUAAUUUUGUUGUGGAUUUGCUGCUUCUAAACGAUAUGGGCACGCAUCACUACGUCGUGAUAAAAGACCUGAACAAGCUAGUGAGCAAAAUGCAAAAAAGAAAACUGAGAUCGAGAAACAUGCUGUGCCGAAAUUGCUUCCACCGGUGUUCAUCUCAGGAACGACUUGAGCGUCACCAGUUAAUCUGCAUGGGGAACGAACCAGCAAUCGUUACCAUGCCAAAUGCUGACAAGAGCAGCGUAGGCUUCAAAAACAUCGGUGCUCGAAGCUAUAGCCCAUUCGCGGUUUACUUUGAUUUGGAGUCUGUGCUGGAGAAGGUGGAGACGGUGAGAAAUAAUCCUAACUGCUCGAGCACAACCGUGAUUGAAAAACAUAAGCCCAGCAGUUUUUGCCUUGUCGUUGUGGAAGCUGGAAACCCGAAACCUGCGUUUUUUUCACUUCAUCGAGGAGUGGACGCCAUGACUAAAUUCGUUCGAAUGCUGGAAGUAUUGGCGCGUGACUUUCAUAAUAAAAAACGACGAUACCCGAACUACCUCGGAAGCACCACUAUUCUUGAAGACAGUGACAAAUGCUGGAUUUGCGAAGAGGAAUUCUCCGAAACUAACGCGAAAGUUUUGGACCAUAAUCAUUUCGAUGGAUCAUUCCUCGGAUGGGCUCACAACAAAUGCAACUUCCUGAGACGUACCAUACAAUUCACCCCUGUCUUUGCCCACAAUCUCCAGAAUUACGAUUUGCACCAUGUACUGAAGAGUCUGCAAGAUACCAAUACCAGAAACACCUUUUCGGUCAUUCCUCUCAAUGACGAAAAAUUUAUUUCACUAACAAUGAAAGUGUGGAUUAGAUCGUACACUAACGAAAAAGGAAAUGUCUAUAAUGUCUACGAAGAAAUCCGUUUUGUGGACAGUUGUAAAUUUAUGAACAGCUCACUCGAUGAGCUAGCUCGAAAUCUACCCGUGGAAAAGUUCAUCUAUCUCAAUAACCACUUUGCUACCCGACCGGAAGAAGAUAAAGCAUUGAUUCGACAAAAAGGUUACUUCCCCUACUCGUAUGUUGACAGCCAUGCAAGAUACACAGAAGAUGGACUACCUGCACGCGACAAGUGGACCAACACGCUGCAAGGAGGUGUUGUUAGUGUCAGUGAAAAAGAAUGCCAACAUGCAUGGGGAUGCAUUUUUGCGAACAUGUAA